CACUCCCAUAGCCAAAAAAACAAAAAUGAGUUCUGCAACUGAGUUCAACUCAGCUCACCGAGUCUAUAUUUUCUGAAACUAAAUUAUCCAAAUCCUUUUCAAAUUUUAAUAACCGUUGAAAUAUUCAUUUCUUUCUUUCGAACAAUUCUUCAUUUUCAGUGAGGUGAAACAAAAAAAUCGCCAUGUCUGCUCCAACUCCCACUUCUCCGCCGUCUACUAACACUACUGCUCCGCCACCGGCUACUCCCACCGCACCUCCUCCGUCCACUCCGGCUGCACCUCCACCUGCUACUCCCGCCACUCCAGCUGCACCUCCACCUUCUACUCCCGUCACUCCUGCCGCCCCACCACCUUCUACUCCCGCCACUCCGGCUGCUCCUCCACCUUCCACUCCAGCCACACCGUCAGCACCGCCGCCAGCCACUCCAUCUCCACCUACAGACUCAUCUCCUCCGCCUCCUUCAAAUCCUUCAACUCCUCCAACGUCCACUCCCACUACUCCUUCUCCGCCGUCUACAACGCCGUCUCCCCCGGCGCCACGUGGUACCACACCGUCGACGCCUACUCCGAUAGGUAAAAGUCCUCCACUUCCGUCCACUCCCACCUCGACGAAUCCACCUUCGUCCUCCUCAGGAGGCUCAUCGGGAAUAUCAACCGGCGCGGUAGUCGGAAUAGCCGUUGGUGGACUAAUAAUUAUAUUACUAUUUAGCUUGUUUUUUAUUUGUUGCCGGAAAAAGAGACGGAGACGUGACGAUGAAGCUGCCUAUUAUAUGCCUCCGCCAACUGGCCCUAAUAAAGAUGGUCCUUACGGCGGUCAACAGCAGCAACAUUGGCAGCACAAUGCACCACCGCCACCAGGUCAUGUAUUCACAGCAAUGUCAAAUCCAAAUCCAAUUCCACCGCCGCCAGUUGCGUCUCGGCCACCGUAUCCUCAAGAGCGUGUCUCAAUGCCGCCGCCGCCGCCUCCUCCUUUCAGCAGUGGCGGGUCUGGCUCCAAUUAUUCGGGUUCUGAAAACCCAUUGCCGCCUCUAUCUCCAGGUCUUUCAUUGGGGUUCUCUAAGAGUACGUUUACCUAUGAGGAAUUAGCACGCGCCACCGACGGGUUCUCCGAUGCUAACCUCCUUGGUCAAGGUGGUUUUGGGUAUGUGCAUAAAGGAGUUCUUCCCAAUGGGAAGGAAGUUGCUGUUAAGCAGCUUAAAGCUGGAAGUGGACAAGGGGAGCGUGAGUUUCAGGCUGAGAUUGAAAUUAUUAGCAGAGUGCAUCAUAAACAUCUUGUUUCGUUGGUCGGAUAUUGUAUCACCGGCUCCGAAAGAUUGCUUGUUUAUGAGUUUGUUCCCAACAACACUAUGGAGUUUCACUUACAUGGUAAGGGACGACCUACCAUGGACUGGCCGACCAGACUCAAAAUUGCACUAGGAUCUGCCAAGGGACUUGCAUAUCUUCAUGAAGAUUGUCAUCCUAAGAUCAUUCAUCGUGACAUCAAGGCAGCUAAUAUCCUCUUGGAUUUCAAAUUUGAGGCAAAGGUUGCAGACUUUGGACUAGCAAAGAUCUCUUCUGAAGUUAAUACACAUGUCUCCACCAGGGUGAUGGGAACCUUUGGGUAUCUGGCACCAGAAUAUGCAUCAAGUGGGAAGUUGACAGAUAAAUCUGAUGUGUUCUCUUUUGGAGUCAUGCUUCUGGAGUUGAUUACUGGUCGUCGGCCUGUUGAUCAUAGCGGCGGGCAUGGUUAUGCAGAUGAUAGUUUAGUAGACUGGGCAAGGCCUUUGCUUACACGAGCUCAGGAAGAUGGAAACUUUGAUGUUCUAGUGGAUCAAAAAUUGCAAAGAAAUUAUGACCACAAUGAGAUGGCUCGCAUGGUUGCUUGUGCUGCUGCUUGUGUGCGCCAUUCAGCUCGACGCCGUCCACGUAUGAGUCAGGUAGUCCGAGCUCUUGAAGGAGAUGUGGCUCUGUCAGAUCUUAAUGAAGGAAUUCGACCCGGACAGAGCAGUUUCUUCAGCCAGAGCAGUUCAGAUUAUGACACCAACCAAUACAAAGAAGACAUGAUAAAAAUGAGGAAGAUGGCUUUAGGAAGCCAGGAGUACGCUGCCAGUAGCGAAUACAGUGAACCAACCAGCGAAUAUGGUUUAUAUCCUUCUGGAUCAAGUGGCGAAGGACAGAAUACCCGAGAUAUGGAAAUGGGAAAGAUGAAGAAAAACAGCCAAGGUUUCAGCGGAAAUUCAUGACAACCGAAGCCUCCGAUUUUUCUGUACUCAUACUCUUAAAUAGAUGUCACAUUGAUUGCAAAGAAUGGCGUGUUUCCGAUGUGAUAGUCGUAUAUGAUUUUUUCCCCUCCACUUACCUCUGAUUUUGAAGUGUUAUUGAUUAAAUUUGUAUUUAGUAGUGAGCAUACACAACAAGAUAAUCAAAAUUACAUGUUGAUUCUUUUAUUCUUUGGUUAAAUGCUUAAAUGAUUCCGUA